GAAAAUAUUCAAUACAAAGAGCAUAGAACACUAUUUUAAUCAAAUAAUCAAAAUACAAGAUGGUUUCAAGGAUUUAAUUGUAAACUACGAUUUUUUUCCAUUAAGAUAAGGAAUAACAUUUGUUCGCAAUAUUAAAAAAAUGCCGACACCUCCGCAGAUUUCACCUCUAGAGGAUCAGGAGCGUCAUCUUCAAGAGGCUCUAGGUGUGGUGAAAUCUCAAGCGUUUCAUAUGAAAAGAGCUCUAGAUAAGAACAAAUUAAUGGAUGCACUUAAAAAUGCAAGUGCGAUGUUAGCAGAGCUAAGAACGUCCUUAUUAUCUCCAAAAGCAUAUUAUGAGUUAUAUAUGGCAGUCACAGAUGAACUAAGGCAUUUAGAGGUGUACUUACUGGAGGAAUUUCAAAAGGGAAGAAAAGUGACGGAUCUUUAUGAAUUGGUACAAUACGCAGGAAAUAUUGUUCCUAGAUUAUAUUUACUGAUAACAGUUGGCCUUGUAUAUAUCAAAACCAAUACCUCCCUUCGCAGGGAUCUCCUAAAAGAUUUAGUGGAAAUGUGCAGAGGUGUCCAACAUCCUCUUCGUGGAUUAUUCCUUCGAAAUUAUCUUCUGCAGUGUACUAGGAAUGUCUUGCCCGACUGUGAAGAGGAGGAAGAUUUAUCAGAAGGAACCAUAAAAGAUUCAAUAGAUUUUGUGUUGAUGAAUUUUGCAGAAAUGAACAAACUUUGGGUGCGUAUGCAACACCAAGGUCAUUCAAGAGAGAGGCAACAUCGGGAGAAAGAGAGAGAAGAACUUAGAAUAUUGGUUGGAACGAAUCUUGUGAGGCUGAGUCAGUUGGAGUUUGUUACCCUCGAAAAGUAUCAGAAAUUAGUGCUACCUGGGAUUUUAGAACAGGUGGUUAGUUGUCGUGAUGCGAUAGCGCAGGAGUAUCUCAUGGAAUGCAUUAUUCAAGUAUUUCCCGACGAAUUUCACAUUCAGACAUUGACUCCUUUCUUAAAAUCUUGCGCAGAGCUAGAAGCUGGAGUUAAUGUUAAAAAUAUCGUCAUAAGUCUGAUGGAGCGCUUGGCUUCAUUUAGUCAGAGGGCUGAAGCUAUCGGGACAGAAGGUCUACCCAAGAAGCCAUUUUACGACCCAAAUACCAUUUUUAAUCCAGUUCUUUCCGCAGGUACAGCCUCGGUGUUGAAAGACGUUAAAUUGUUCGAAGUUUUCUCAGAUCAGGUAGCUUCGAUCAUCGCGAACAGGCAGUAUUUGCCACCUGAAGAUAUGGUUUCUCUGCAGGUGGCCCUGGUGAAUCUGGCCCUUAAAUGUUACCCAGAUAGAGUGGAUUAUAUAGAUACGGUCAUGCUGAACAGUGUGGAGAUAUUCCAGAGACUGGGUGUGGAGCACAUAGAAUCCCACAGUCAGGUGGCUAGGGAACUGCAGAAGUUACUAAAAAUACCGCUGGAUCACUACAAGGACCUUCUGGUGAUAUUGAAACUGAAACACUACGCAGCCCUCAUCCAACACUUGGACUUCGCCGGGCGCAAAUCGCUCAGCAUCUACAUUCUGAAUAAUGCCCUGGACCACGAGAUAAUCAUUCCAUCUGCCGAAGAGGUGGAACAGGCUCUGACUCUCUUGAACACCCUAGUUUCGGACAAGAACGACCAGGCGGCCGCCAACUUCGACCCCGAGGAAUUGGCGGAGGAGCAAUGCCUCUUGGCCAGGUUCAUCCAUCAUUUCAAGGCUGACACUCCGGACGAUCAGUACUUGAUCAUGACUACUUCCAGAAAGAUCCUGGCCUCAAGCGGGGCUUUAAAAAUAAAGUACACCCUGCCCCCGUUGGUUUUCCAAGCCUAUCAACUAGCAUUCCGUUACAAGAACUCGGACGACGAAAGGUGGGACAAGAAAUGUCAGAAGAUCUUCCAGUUCUGCCACCAGACGAUAAUGGCGUUGGUGAAGGCGGAACUGGCCGAGCUCCCUCUCAGGCUUUUCCUGCAGGGGGCGCUCGCGAUAGAUCAGAUCAAGUUCGACAAUCACGAGACCGUCGCCUACGAGUUCAUGUCUCAGGCGUUUUCGCUCUACGAAGACGAGAUAUCCGAUUCUAAAGCCCAGUUGGCCGCGAUCACCUUGAUAGUAGGCACACUCGAGCAGAUAAGUUGCUUCUCGGAGGAGAAUUCAGAACCCCUGAGGACCCAGUGCGCGUUGGCCGCUAGCAAGCUGCUGAAGAAACCUGAUCAGUGCAGGGGCGUGGCCACGUGUUCUCACCUGUUCUGGAGCGGCAAGGAUCAGGCUACCAACGGACAAGAGACUCAUGACGGCAAGAGGGUCAUCGACUGUUUGAAGAAGGGGCUUAGGAUAGCCAAACAGUGUAUGGACGUUAGCGUACAGGUACAACUAUUUGUGGAGCUCCUGAACCACUACAUUUACUUUUUCGAGAAAGGAAACGAUCAAGUUAAUGUUGUCAUUUUGAAUCAAGUAAUCUCCAAGAUAAAAGAAGAAUUGCCAAAUUUAGAGACUUCGGAUGAAACUGAACAAAUAACCAAGCAUUUCAACAAUACAUUGGAUCAUUUAAGGGUUAAAUUGGAAACACCUGAAGUCGAUGGAGUGUCCUACGAAGGAUUAGAACUAUAAACAUGUUAACUAUAUGAUGUUAAAUUUUAUCUUUUAAGCGCUGAACGAAAUUUUAUCGAAUAUCAUCUGGAAAAUUAUUCAACUGAUUUAUUUUAAUAGUUUAAUUAUUUACAUCUUACAUGUUAUUUUUCAAUUUAUUUACAAAAUAUAUGUAUAGAACUCAAAUAUAUUGCUCAUAAGGA